UUUUCCUACAGUUGUCCCAACGGUUCUCCCUGUCCUAGUCAUGAUAAAAAUAUAGAGAGGGGGCGUAGUUUGUGAGCUAGAAGUCGGGAGAGGUCCACGGAAUGAAGGCCCUGCUGAAAGCCCUUCUCGAUCCAGAACACCAAGUCUUACUGGUGCAAAGAGGAUGACUGUCUAAAAGGGGGCGGGACGUUGAGCAUGACGUCAUCAUAGGGCGUCGGAAGAAGAACCCCAGACCAGGUGAAGAUGUUGGAGUCGCUGUUGGCAUUUGGGGGCCUGGUGCUGCUUCGUGACUCCGUGGAGUGGGAGGGGCGCAGUCUCUUGAAGGCGCUUCUCAAGAAAUCUGCACUGUGUGGGGAGCAAGUCCACAUACUGGGCUGUGAAGUGAGUGAGGAAGAGUUUCGUGAAGGUUUUGACUCCAGCAUCAACAGCCGGUUGGUUUAUCAUGACCUCUUCAGAGACCCUCUCGGCUGGUCAGAGACUGGAGAAGCAUUUCUGGGGGGCGCUCUGGGAAUCCUAAAAACCAUAUGCAGGAGGACAGAGCCUGGUCCUGUCACCAUUGCUCUUGAUUCACUCAGCUGGCUUCUGCUUCACUUCCCCUUCACCGCAGUCUGUCAGACACUGCAUUCUCUCAGCCAGCAGGACUCCAGCCCUGGUGACAGCUCCCCACUCAAGCAGGUACGAGUUUUGGGCCUACUACAUGAAGAACUUCAUGGCCCAGGCCUUGUGAGAGCAUUGAGUAGCCUUUCGCAGUCUGAGGUGACUCUGAGUGGUGAAAUGGGCCAGGCCUUGGCAGCCCACAUCCACUGUCGGAGAGCUGGACAUCGCCCAACCCAUCAGACUCAGUGGUUUUCCAUCCUGCCUGACUUCAGUGUGGAUCUCCAAAAGGGACCAUCCCCAGAGUCUCAGGUCCACCUAGAUCCUCACAGACCACAGGUGGACCCCAUGACUCAUUUAACCUUCAACCUUCACCUGUCCAAGAAAGAGAAAGAAGCCAAAGAUAGCCUGAUCCUGCCCUUCCAUUUCAGCUCUGAAAAACAACAGGCUUUACUGCACCCUGGACCAGGCCAGGCUACCAGCCACAUCUUUUAUGAGCCAGAUGCUUAUGAUGAUCUGGACCAAGAAGAUCCAGAUGAUGACCUGGAUGUUUGACUGGCCUCUAGACUAAUUCGAGGUGGGGGAGGAAGACCUUGGACUCACCACCUCUUCCCAGCUGCAGGCCUUUCCUCCCUUUCCCUGCCCCCACCUUUCUUCCCUGUGUCUGUGGCAGCCCUGCCCCAUGAUCCUGGAGCAGCAUCCACACAGUGAAGAGAGUGUGUUUUUACACGCACACAGACACACACCAGCC